GCAUGAUUUCGGAAAUCAUAGGAUAGAAACAUUUUUUGCUAAUACGCAUGUAGUUCAUAAUAAAAAUGUAGAUCGGAAUAGAAGUUUAAUGAAACGGUUCAUCGACACAGUCAUUUUGCUAGGUAAACAAGAAUUAGCUUUUCGCGGACACCACUUAAAUCUGGCAUCCGAUAACCGCGGUAACUAUAUCGAAACAUUGUUAUAUUUAAGCAAGUAUGAUACCGUAAUCGAUUCGCAUUUGGAACAAUGUUCAUCAACACAGAAUCCCACAUUCUCUGGUCUUUCGAGCGAUAUACAAAAUGAUUUAAUACAAAGUAUCGCAUUCGUUUUACGCGACCAAAUUAAAUUCGAAAUAAAUAAAGCGCAGUUUGUGUCGGUCAUGAUCGACGAAACGCCCGAUGUUAGUCAUAGGGAACAACUAACGAUAAUAUUGAGGUAUUUAUCUGAAACUGGAAUCGAAGAACGUUUUCUUGGUUUCUAUGACGUUAGCGGCAGUCGGACUGCUGAUGUUUUAUCAAAUCAGUUGUUAGAGAUACUCGACCAGUAUCGCUGUAGGAACAAGUUAGUCGGUCAAUCUUACGACGGGGCGGCUGCAAUGUCUGGUGAGCACGGUGGAGUUCAGGCGAAAAUUCGCGAAGCAUGCCCGCAGGCAAUGUUUGUUCCUUGUUACGCACAUAUAUUAAAUUUAGUACUUAGUCGGUCCCUUGAAAACAUACAGGACUAAAGACAUUUUUUGGACACAUUAAUAGUAUUGUUCGUUUUUUUAAUAAAUCGUCUAAACGCUCGAAUCUUUUAAAGGAAAUAGCUGACCGUCGUUUACCCGGAGUAUCCGAAACGCGUUGGCAUUAUCAUUCGCGUAUUAUUAACGUUAUUUUUAACUGCGAGACAUGAUCGAAACUUUUAAUUCCAUUCUAGAUAAUCCGCAAUCUUGGGAUAGUGAAUCUCUUUCUUUGGCAGAAUGUUUCCUCAGUAAGUUGGAAAACAAGCAGUUUUGCUUCCUUUUGCACAUUUUAUCAAAUAUUUUUGAAAAAACCGAUGUUCUUUUUAAUUUACUCCAGUCAAAACAGAUUGAUAUCGAAGUAGCUCACCGCGAAAUAGAUUCAUUUAAUAGUUGGAUUUCAAAUAACUUUAUUAACAAUUUCGAUUUUAUUUGUGACAGCGUACAGGAGUUUAGUGAACCAACGCGACAACGUAGGCGUUUAAAUACUGAAUUAGACAUCAGAACUUUGUAUAGACGUCUUUUCAUUGAAAUAAUAGACAAUGUUAAGUCGCAAAUACAACACAGGUACCAAUCACUUUCCAAUAUGACUUUUCUUAAUUUACUUAUCUUCUUUACUGUAGUUCAAUUUCCUAGAAUAUUGUGGCACGCUGCUUUAAAAAAUGAGUUGAAAGUUUAAUAUACAACUCCAUCUCUAAACAAAUUAGAUGUUUACGAGCUUUACCUUAGAUUUCAAAACUCUUUCUUAGGUGACACUUUUCCACAAGUUUUAAUAUUAUGUAGUAUUUUUUUUUAAAACAUUUAUUGCUCAAAAUUAAAAAUCAACCCAACUUUUAUGAUAAUGUGUUAGCACAUUUUGUAAAAAGAAUAGACGAAUAGCUUUAGAGUAUAAGUAGAAAUGUAGUCAGUCAGUUUAAAGAAUUAUGUAACAGUAGAGUAGAUACAUAUUUUAUUUUAUCAUUUUCGCCACUGGUGUGUAAAGUAUUUUUUAAAGCUACGCUAGAUAUAACUGAUGCCUCUAUCCGAACUGUUCUUCAAAAGAAGAAGAAUUCGUGUGGCAUGUUAGAUUUGGAUAAUCGUGGCAAACACAGCCAACAUUUUCAUUUAGAUGCAGCUAUUAAAGAAGGUAUUAUUAAACACAUCAACUCUAUUCCAAAGAUUGAAAGUCACUAUUGUCGUGCAGAUACAAAAAGGCUUUAUAUUGAUGGUGGCAAAACUAUAGCAGACUUACAUAGAGAUUACGAACUUGACUGUCAGUCGAAAAGUCCGGUUAGUCCCGCUAUGGUAUGGUCCCGGUAUGGCACCCUCUUAAAAUACCUAUCAAAAAGUCCCGCUAUGGUACCCUUCAGUUUUUGGUACUGUUGUAAAGAAAAGUUAUACAAUGCGUUAAGAAAAAAAUAGUAUUAAUAAAAAAUAUCUUUUCUUAACUAUUAUAGUUAAGCAAGAUAAUAUUUAUUAAUACUAUUUUUUAAACAAAUCACGCUCGGUAAUUGUCGUUUCACUUCAGGUAGUUACCUGACCAACCGGUUUUUUCGUAAAACAAUAGAGACGAGCCCUUCCUCGAAUUCGUAUCUAGCUCUUCCCUUUUGUUUUUAUGAAAAUAGAGAGAGACAGUAUUAUUCCGGGUUUAGUUUGCUAUUUGCAGCUGUACUUUUGCGAUAUGAGUAAUUAGGAUAGCUUGUUAGUUUAUCUAUUGCAAUGUCUGGGUCAAGUAGUUCACGUGGUGUAAAUUUAAUAAUUAUUGACAGUCGACGCGGUGGAAAAACUUUAUUACGUGCCGGACAUAAAUAUAUUAAACGCAGAGAAAAUAAAAAUUCAAGUACUUGGCAUUGUGUAAAUAGGACAAAUAGUAUUAAAUGUAGUGGAUAUAUAACUAUUGAGAAUACCAAUAAUACAAUAAUUAAAGAUUAUAAACACAGUGAUCAGUGCGUGCCACAUUUUGAAGACAAUGAAGUUCAAAUGGCUAUAAGUGAGUGCAAAAAAGAAGUAAAUUCAAAUUACGGAUCAGUACAGAAAAUUUUCGAAAAACACAUGGGUAACUUAAAAGACAAAGGGUUACACCUUACAGGAAAUGUUCCUGACUAUAAAAAAUUAAAAACAGUAUUAUACAGACACCGAAAUAAGUCGUUGAACGUACCAAAAACACAAUUUAAGAAUGUGGAAGAAAUUAUAAUACCAGAAGAAUUUAAUAAGUAUGUAUUGGCUAAUUAUUGUAAUGAAGACUGUAAUCGAAUAAUUAUAUUUUCCUCGACAGAAGUAAAGGAACAUAUAAAAUGUGUAACGCAUUACUUUGGUGAUGGCACUUUCGACGGCUGCCCAAACCCAUUCGAACAAGUUUAUGUCAUUCAUGGAGACAUGGGAAGCACUGACUUAUCCACGAAUGUAGCACCAUUAUUUUAUAUUCUGUUAAAAAACAAAGAAGGGAAAACUUAUGAAAAAGUUUUCGAAUUGAUUAAACAAACUUUGCCUGAAUGGCGUCCAUCGAAAUUUACCUUCGAUUAUGAAAUAGGAGUAAUAAAUGCAGCAGCGAAGAUUUUUCCUGAUAUCAAAAUAAAUGGAUGUAACGUACAUUUUCAAAAGAACGUUAUCAAAAAAGCGAAAUCUUUAAAUCUCAUGGAACACGAAGAGUCCUCGAACCAUGUUAAGCAAUGCAUAGGCUUGGCGUUUUUGCCAAAACAAGAUAUUGAAGACGGCUGGCUGCAUAUAAUGGAAAAUAGGUAUAAUAUCUUGGUUACUUUCCAAAAUGAUGUUUGAGUACUUAACUCUAAUUAUAUGGCAAAAAAGUAAAGAACAACAAUAUCAGUAAGGACCUGUUAAUUUCAUUGCUUUACAAGUACGAACGUUUAAUAAGUAUUUUUUUCAGUUUCGACGAUGAAGUUAUGACCAAAUUCAAUGACUAUUUUGUCACUCAGUGGCUUGAAUAUCCAGACCUCAUUUGGUGUUGCCAUAAUGAACGCCAUAGAACAACUAACUUGGCGGAAUCAUGGAAUGGCAGAUUUAACAAAAUUAUUUUUCUGCAAACAAUUGGCAACGACACAUGUCACUUUGAUAUAAAACAAGCCAACUUUCGACUAAAAAGAUCACCUAUAAAUUCAAGAAAAAGAACAAGUAUAGAAAUCGACCGCCAGAUUCAAAAGCUAACAAAAAGUUACGAAAAUAAAGCUAUCUCCAUUGGUGAUUUUCUGAUUAACAUAUCAAAGUCAAUAUUUCGAUCAGAACAUUUAAAAAAAUAGUUUAUUUUAAUUUUGUUUUUAGCAUAUAAAAUGUUUAAUACUUUUUCUCGAUGUUGAUUAUUUUUUGUAGUUUAUGUUUACAAUUUGCGCCUUUUUCUCCAUGUUGAUUAUUUGUAAUUAAUAUAUUUGUCUAGUUGGUUGUUGAUUAUUUUUGUAGUUUAUAUAAAUUUACAAUUACUGCCUUUUCUCAAUGUUGAUUAUUUGUAACUAAUAUUUAUGUCUGGAAGUUGUUUUUAUUUGUAGUUUAUAAUAUUUACAGUAAUACUUUUCUGAGAUGUGGAUUUUUUAUAUUUUUUUUAUUGUUGAUUAUUGGUAAUUAAUAUUGUUGAUUAUU